CUUGCGGCUUGGAACGAGUCGGGAAUUCCCCGAUACACGUCAGAUUGCAUUUUGCCACCGACCGCUAAGAACUUGAGACCCAUGAGCUGCUGCCCGCCUGGCUCCCAUCCCGCUGCGCCGACGACGAGCAACCUUGCGCCCAUCAGCAUGGCCGGCACGCCCGUCUUCUUCUACGACAACCCGACCUCGCCCAUUUGCGUCCUCGUCGUGCCCGACAUCUUUGGCCCGGACAGCGGCCGCACUAAGGACAAUUGCCUUGCGCUCAGCGCCCACUACAAGGUCGCGCUCCUUGAUCUUGUCGACGAGUACUUUACGGCGGCAGACGACAUCGGCGAGAAGCUCCCGGGCUGGGUCAUGGCGCGGCCCUUUAGCGCGAUCCUGCCCAAGAUCCAAGCUGCGGUGGGCCAUCUCCAGUCGCAGCACGGCGUGACCUCGUUUGCGGCCAUGGGCUACUGCUGGGGCUCGUGGGUCGUCGGCAAGUACGCGGCCGACGCGUCCUCAGUGCUCACCUCUGGCGUCCACUGCCACCCGUCGUGGGUCCUCGAGCAGUUUUUUAGCGGCCCCGGCAGCGGCGAAACGAUGGCCAAGCCGAUUGCGUCGCCGCAGCUCAUCCUCGCCGCGGGCAACGACCCGGACUGGGUCAAGGCCGGCGGGGCCGUGCACACGACGCUCGCAGCCAAGCCGUUUGGCGCGCAAUGCAAGUUUGUCGCGUUCGAAUCCAUGGUGCACGGCUGGAUGUGCCGCGGCGACAUUACCGACCCCGCGAUCCUCGAAGCCUUCAACGCGGGCUGGAACGGUGAGAUCCUUCCGUUCUUGGCCGCCACGCUACAGUAAACGACGGGAAGGAAUCGUCAUUCUAAAACCUCUCUGCAAGUUAUACUGUGGUUAAUACGAGUAUGCGUGAAGCCGAUUUCUUAAACUACCAACGAUUCG